AUGCCACGUCGGCGCAAUCCGGAUGCCCCCGUCGCGCCCAAAGCGCCGCGCGUCCGAAAGAAGAAAGUUGAAGCAGACGUGGUUAAGCAGGACUCGACUGUAUACGAACCUCUAAUGCAGUCGAAUGGCAUCAUGGUCGACGAUGCCGGAAUGUAUACGCAAGACUUCAGCUUUGCAUUUGGUGCACAACCGACUUUUACGGGACCCGAACAAGCGAAUAGCCCGUACAUGCUGCCUCCACAAAGUAACACGCCACAACCUCCUAUGAUGUAG